AUGCUGAGCAGCACGGAAAGUUUUUUGGUGCAAAAUUCUACAUUCACUACUUUUAAACUAAAUGGUUUCCGUGAUUUAGGAGAAUGGAGGCCUAUACUUUCCAUUCCCUACUUUCUUAUGUUUUUAUUGUCUACCACCUCAAACUCUGUUCUCAUAUAUUUAAUUGCAUCUCAGAGAAAUCUGCAUACUCCUAUGUGUAUAUUAAUUGGUCUGAUGGCUGUUGUGGAUCUGUGCCUGCCAAUAUUUUUUGUACCAAAUAUGUUGCUCAACUUCUUAUUUGAUCAGAAAUGGAUUUCUCUUGCUGGCUGUUUAAUACAGAUGUUUUGUAUUCAUUUCGUUGGUGCAUUUCAGUCUACUUUACUGGUAUGGAUGGCUCUGGAUCGGUUCUUUGCUAUAUGCAGGCCUCUUUAUUACCACAAAUAUAUGGAAAUCCCAAACUUCCUGAAGUUCAUUAUUGUGCCACUAUUUAGAAAUGGACUCCUAAAUAUCACAAUGGUCUUUUUGGCUGGAAAACGCACUUUCUGUGUGGAUGAAAUGGAUCAUUGCUUUUGUGAACACAUGGCACUUGUUCAGCUGGCAUGUGGAGACAUUUCAGUUAACAACUUGAUUGGUCUGUUAACUGCUUUUCUUAUACCAACUGCAGAUUUUGUAUUUAUAACUGUAUCUUAUAUAAUACUAUUUGUUUCCAUCAUGAAAUCUGGAAAGUCUCACUUAAAGGCUAUUAACACUUGUGUUACUCAUAUAAUUGUUAUGACAGUAAGUUUGACCUUUGCCCUAAUUGCUUUUAUGUCGUAUAGAAUUCGAAACAACUUCUCUCCCAGCAGCCGUGUCUUUAUAAGUACAAUGUACCUGCUUUUUCCAAGCUGUUUUAAUCCGAUUAUUUAUGGAGUGAGAACAAAAGAAAUAAGAGAACAGUUACUUAAAUUUAUAAAUCACGUGAAAUGUUAUGUCAGUAACUAA